AUGUUUUAUUUAUUAGAAGAUCAAUUAAUUGAUGAUAUUGUUUCGCGAGCUGAACAAUCUCGUAUUUCAUAUAAUUUACAACGAGAAGAAUUUCAUAAUCUUAAUGGAAAUCUUCAAACUUAUUUAAAUAAUAUAAAAACAAUUGAUGAUGAUAAUCAUCACUUAAAAGAAAAUAUUCAACAAAUACGUACAAAUUAUAUUUCAACAUUAGAAAAUUAUUUAAAAUAUUUAUUAAAUGAUUUUCGUCAAUUAAGUCAAAAAUUAACUGAAACUCAUAUUGAUCGUUAUAAAUUCAAAGCACAUACAAGACGUAUUGUUAAUGAACGUGAAGAAUUUAAACAACGAAUUAAUUUUAUUGCUAGUAAUGAAAAAGAACAAAUUAAACAUUUAAAUAUUUUACAAAAAAAAGAACGUUCCGUUCGUAAUGAAUUUCUUAAAUUAAACGAACAAUUACAAAAUUGUUUAAAUAAUGUUGAAAAUGAAAAACAAGCUCAUCAACAAGCUAUGAAUAAAGUUGAUAGUUUACAAGUACAACUCGAACAAAUAUGUAUUGAACGAUCAAAAACUGAAUUUCAAAUUCAAACAUUAAAAGAAGAAAUUAAAUUAAUACAAACAGCAAAAGAUUUUCUUAAUGAAGAACAUGAAACAAUUAUAGCAACAGAAAUUGAAGCUAAUGAAUAUUUAUUAUCACAUUUAAAUGAUUCCAUAGUAUAUAUACGUGAAGAUUUCAAUCAACUUAAUAAAACACAAUUAAAACAAAUUGAAAAUGAAUAUAAACAAAUGUUACAAAUAUCUGAAGAAAAUUUUACAAAUCAUCAAAAAAUUAAUGAAUUAACAAUAUCUCAACAACGUACAAGUCAAAUAGAAUGUGAACGACUUCAAGAAGAAUAUCAAUUAGUUUUACAAGAUUUGACAACAAUUAAUAAUCAUAAUCAAAUAUUAUCUGAACAAAUUCUUGCUAUGGAAACUGAUUUAUAUUCAUUACGUGAUCAACGUAUACAACAAUUAACAUCGAAAGAUAAUGAAAUUGAAUAUAGUAAAAUUGAAUUACAAAUAUUAAAAGAAAAAUUAAAUCAUUUAGUAGAAUAUGAUCAAAAUUUAAAAUUUGAAUUAACACUUUAUCGAGGAGUUUUAGAAAGUGAAUAUAAACGAAAACAGAAACAAUCAUCAAUUAAUACUUCUUAUCUAAGAAGACCAACAAUAUUACAAACCAAUAAUAAUUUGAUAAUAGAUAGAACAACAUCGUUGACAAGUAGUACAAAUCAAAGUAAAUUUAAUGAUCAACAAGAGGAGAAUCUAACAAAUCGUGAUAGAAUUCAAUCAGAGUAUGAUACACUUGGAGAAGAUAAAAAUAAUCAAAUUAAUGAUGUUUUAUCAACAAAAACUUCAUCUAAUGAUGGAAAACUUGUAACUCAAGACAUUUCAUGGCAACAAGUGAUUGAACCAUUCAAUCAAGAACAAGAACAAGAUAGAAUAAAAGAUCAAUUGAUUUCAUCAUUUGAAGCUCAACAGAUCUUUUCAGCAAGUUCAGAAACACGAAAAUCUCCUACUCCAUCUAUUCCUCCGGUAGUAAUACGAGAAGAUCAAUCAGCAUUUUCUCCAAUUCAACAAUUAACCGCUACACCAAGUGAACUUCGAUCAUUACCAAUAAUUCCAUCAACAAAUCAGCAAACAUCACCAACCGAAACUGUUUCAGAUUUAUUCAAAAUUCGUCAUUCAUCUUUAACAUCUCCACAAGAACCUCAAACAUUAUCUGAAAUCCAAAAAUCGCCAACUUUACCUACUACUUCAACACUCCAAGAAGAUCAAACAGCUUCUGAAAAUGUUUCUCACUCACCUUCGGCUCUAUCAGAAGAUCAUCGAACCAUAUCUGAAGUAUCACAAUCAUUAUCAAGUAUUUCUUCAGAUGCUUCGACAAAACUAUCUGAUAUUCAAGGAUCACCUUCUUCACCUACCAAAACAAUCACUACAGAAUAUCAACAAUUAGCUUCUGAUCUGCAUGAACAAUCUUCAAUAAUUCCAGAAGAUCGUGAAACAGCAUCGGAAAUUCAGAUAUUUCCUUUCGUGGACACUCCUACAACAAGUACUGAUAUUCAGGAAAAUAUUGCGUCAAUAUUAUCGAAUAAUGAUAAUAAAUUAGAAUUAAAACAAGAUGACAUAUCAGAACAAACACAAAGAGAAGAAGAAAUUAGUUCUUCUCUUACAAGUCAAACACAGGAGAAUUAUACAACUGACUAUUUUUCCUCAACAAUAAUCAGUAGCGAUCAUAAUGAUGAUAAGAUAGAUGAACGUAAUUCUUUACUACCACGAGAUGGAAGCAAACAAUCAUCAAGUAAUACAUCAUUAUCUAAUAUUGAAGAAGUUGAUUUACCAACUUCUCAAAAAGUUGAAAUAACAUCCGAACAUGAUAACGAUCCAAAUUUAGCAGUUAUUAUUCAAGAUCUUCGUUAUGUAUUUCAUGAAUUAGCCAAUGAUGAAGAUUUAGUUGAAAUAAAUUAUGAUUUACCAGAUAAAUUACUUGAUCGUUUGGAAUUUCGUGAUCAACUUAUACGAACAUUAUUCGAUAGUUUACUUAGAAAAUAUCUUCUACAAUCAGCUGCACAAGAUAAUCGUCCUAAAACACUUGAUUGGAUUGAAUUUCGUGAUAUUCUUUUUCCUAUAAUAACUGGUCGUUAUACGGAACGACAUAUUCGAAAAUUAUUUGAUUUAUUUGAUACAAGUAAAGAUGGUUAUUUAUCAUUACAAGAAAUAGCCGAAUUACUUGAAAUUCUUCAAGCUAAUAAUACUAUUAGUCUUGCACAGAAUAUUAUCGAUGAAUAUGAUACAGAUCACGAUGGAAAAUUAAGUGUUGAUGAAUUAAUUGAAGCAAUUAAAAAAACAGAUGAUAUUAAUGAACAUAUCUUAUCAAAAGAAACUGAAAAUAAACAAUGGUUUAAUCAAACUUCAUUGGAUAGUCAAGCUAUAUCAUUAGAAAUAUCAAGUAGAAAUUUUCCAACUAAAACUAAUGAUAAAUUUAACAAAGAAAUAUCUUUACUUGGUAGAAUAUUCAAAAACGUAGGUGCUAAUCCUGAUAGUAAACAAUUGGAUAGUAAUAAGAAAAAUUUAUCAAUAGAAAUAAUAAAUGAAUUUAUUAAUAAUAAUAUAAAUAUAUCAUAUGAUGAUUUACAAUUAUUUAUUGAAUUAUAUCUUAAUAAAAAACAAAAUACAAAUUCAUUCAUAAAUUGGAUCGAAUUUCGAGAUAUUUUUUUACCAAUUAUUAAUAAUGGAUACUAUUCAACAAAUGAUGUUCAACGAUGGUUUGAUAUAUUUGAUAUCGAUCAUAAUGGAAUAAUUACACAACAACAAGUUAUUCAGUUCCUUCGUUUAUUACAAAUAGAAAAUCCUGAUGAAAUUAUGAAUAAAUUAAAUAUAAUAACAGAAACACAUACAUAUGAUAAUAUUCCAUGGACACUUGAUGAAUUAAUAUUUGCAUUGAAUAAUGUUGAUGAAACAUGUGCUCAUGUUAUUACAAACAACGAACAAAUUCAACAAAUAGCUUCAUUUGAUAUUGACUGGCUUUCAAAUAAUGUAUUUUAA